AUGAAGGGCCCAGAACUUGCACAGAAAUCAGAUCUUCGAUUUGCUUAUGGAAUCAAAUAUCCAGAACACGAGGACUUCGUCUAUUGGUCGUCGGGACUUGAUCGUGUACCCUCGUACCCCUGCGGUAUAUGCAAGGACGGAGACGAAUAUAGUGUUGUGCAGCAGGUUCCAGAACAAUUCCAAAAUAGGCCAACUCCAAUCUCUCUAGCUACGCUUCUCAACCAUCAAUUUCUUUAUCCUUAUCGUCAAUCGCGGCAUAUCAGUCUCAGAUAUGCCCCGUUGUCGCAUGCAGAACGCGUAGGAUAUCCACAAUGCAGAUAGCCCAUUACGAUCAUCAUUAAGGGAGAAGCAAUUACUUUGGUUUCCCUAUCCCUUUUGUAUUCUAGUCAAGUCCGACCUCCAUGCCAAAAUUGAUUCCACACUUGAAAUGACAUCGGAUAUCGGUACUAUGUCCAAAGACGAUAUGGAGGGUUGCAAUAGCUAUCCUAUCAAUCAACGAGUGGAGGGACCUGCAUAUCUUAUCGCCAUGACUUAA